CUCAGGAACAGCUGGAGUGUAAAGGCUCAGGAACAGCUGGAGUGUAAAGGCUCAGGAACAGCUGGAGUGUAAAGGCUCAGGAACAGCUGGAGUGUAAAGGCUCAGGAACAGCUGGAUUGUAAAGCUACAGGGACUGAAACAAUCAUUUAAAAGGGAUUUAAACAAUAAUAAUAAUAACAUGACUUUUUUACUAUAGGCCAUUUUGAAGGUAAUGUUUGCUGAGCGUAAUCAUGGAGGAAGAGUCGGACACCAGAGAAAUCCUGUCUGCAGACGCGUUAAGACCUCUGGAGGAACAGGAGGAGGAGGUGGAGGUGGUGGAGGGAAGUCGCUCCAGAUGUUCGGGGUCUCCGCCGUUCGCGUGUCCGUUUUCGGUCACUGUGGAACCGGUGCUCUUCCUUUCCACGUUCUCGUUGGCACUCCAGAUGCCUCUUUACACGCAGUACCUCUGGGACCGCAUUAGCGAGGACGUGGGCUAUAACGGCACGAAAGGAGGUGGAGGAUGUGGCAAUUCUUCUGCUGAACACGACCCGCUCCAGAAGGAGGUGGAAGCUCUAACUGCACACUGGAACUUGUACAUCAAUCUGGGAGGUUUUUUUGUGAGCCUCUUCGUUGUGAUCCUGAUCGGCUCGUGGAGUGACCGAGCAGGACGGCGUCUCGUCUUGAUUCUUCCCAGUUUAGGCCUGGCUGUCCAGGCUACUGUCUACCUGACCGUCAUGUACCUGAAAUUGCCUGUGGCCUGGUUCCUGUUGGGACGAAUCUGCAGUGGCCUGUCUGGGGAUUUCAAUGCCAUUCUGGCUGGCUGCUUCGCUUAUGUGGCUGACAUCAGUGACAAGCGUUCUCGCACGUUUCGUGUGGCAAUACUGGAGGCAUGUCUGGGGCUCGCUGGCAUGUUUGCAAGCAUAAUUGGGGGCAAAUGGCGACAUGCACAAGGGUACAUCAACCCUUUCUGGCUUGUACUGGCAACAAACUUGGCCACAGCCCUCUACGCUUACCUCUUCGUACCCGAGUCAGUGACUCCUGACCCUGGGGCAAGACUCUUCUCCACCCCUCACCUCAGAGCUGUCUAUAAACUGUAUUCAUCUGGAGGACAGAGAGGACACCGGACCAAACUCUGGCUCUAUACCCUUUGCUUCUUCCUGGUGAUCACUGUGCAUUUCGGUUCACGUGACCUGUACGUGCUCUUUGAGCUGAGCACACCGCUGUGCUGGGACUCAGAGCUGAUUGGGUACGGCUCAGCCUCUUACCACAUGGCAUACCUGACCAGCCUGCUAGGCUUGAGGGUUUUACAACACUGUCUCGAUGACUCCUGUGUGGCUAUUCUUGGCCUGGUGUCAAACAUAACUGGCUUGGUGGUGUUUUCAUUUGCAAAUACUACAGGUCUCAUGUUUACAGGAUACAGCCUGUGUUUUCUCUUUAUGGCCACCACCCCAGUCCUGAGAUCCAAACUGUCCAAACUAGUGGACCCCUCAGAGCAAGGUGCUCUCUUUGCCUCAGUGGCUUGCGUAGAGGGUCUGUGCUCACUGGUGGCCAGCGGAGUCUUUAACUCGCUCUACCCCGUGACCUUACACAUGAUGAAGGGCUUUCCUUUCCUCUUCGGAGCUAUACUCCUUCUUUUUCCUGCUGGAAUAAUCGGGGCUUUGUGGUGCAGAGAGAAGACUAUGAACAAUGGAGAAACUGCAGUUAACUGAUACUGGCUUUCAAAAAUCCUUGACCUUGAAAAGAAGAGCCAAAAGACAAGAAGCAGCCAGUGGUCUGUUUUCUGUUGACUAUGUACUGUUGUUUAAUCUGAGUGAUUAAUAGCUAUUUUGACUGCAUUAACAAACCUAAACGUUUAACUAGGAGUACGUUGUGGAGCAGCUACAUGUUUAACAUAGGGCUAUGGAAUUUUGAAAAUGUAUUUUUUUAUUUUUUGGAUUAUGGCUAAUUCCAGCAUUACAGUGACAUUUCCAAUCCUCACAGCAAAGAUGAGCUUAGGAUCAGUAAGGCAUAUAGCUCGUCACUUCACCUCUUCAGGACAACGAAGAAAAUAUUCUUAAAAAUUCUGUAUUGAUUUGUAUGUUUCAUAUAAAUACAAUAUGUGGUCACUUAGGAGUCCAAACCAAAGUGAAACACAGGUUAUCCACACACUUUGAAGCAUAUCGUCUAACACCACCAUCAUGGAUUAUUUUCAUACAACAGCACACACUAUUUUAUUUUAUUGCUUUCUAUUACUCAGUAUUCCACAUGAUACAAAGUCACAUGCUCAUGAACAGCAUAACAGGGCCGUAGCAGUCAGGGAUUACAGAGUUACACAAGGUCUGACUGCAAGGCCUAAGUCCCUUAAGAAGACUCAGAUAUCGGCUACAGUCACAACAAAGGCCACAGGUCUCCUCGAAAACACAUACAAAGGUCAGCUCUCAUUGGGAUAGUUCAUAAGGCAACAACAUGGAUCAUGAUCAUCUGCCAUGUCGACUUACUGUCCUAUUCGUUCAAUAAAGACUUCCCAGUUCAGAGAAGGAGGGAGUUUCUGAGCAAAAUUGCUGUGUGAUAUAAUUAUAAAAGAAAUCAGUGUGUUAAUAAAGUGGAAAUUAAGUCUUGACCACACUUGAAACAAAUAAAGGGAUGUUUUGAAAAAAAAAUUAUUACCAAUUAUUUCUGAGCAGAAGGUUACUAUUGAACAGUUCUUUCAUGGUCACUAGACCUGUUCUCUGAGUUGAUAACUACAGCAAACAUUACAUUUAAUAUAUAAACUUGCUCUUUAAAUAUUAAGGCAGCAGCCCGGUUAAGGGUAUGAACACUGUAAGAGAUAAGAUUAUUGUUUCUG